CAUCUGCACCCAAAACGACAACAACAGCACCUGCAACACCAGCAACAACAACAAUUGCCGCCACACUAUAACAAGGAUCGAAUGCUUGCCGCUGACAGCACAGUAAUGAUACCCUUUAUUAACAACACACAACCGCUAAAGGACGCACAACAAUUGCAGAAGCACAACUAUAAUUCAAGUCAGCCCGGUAACUCUUUGGUCACCUUGCUGGCCAUCAAUGACAGCCAAUUAAAUGUCGGCGUCUCUAUAAGCGGACUCUGUGAGAGCAUCUCUUCUAGUCCCAAUCAUUAUAGCAAUAUCAAUAACACCAACAGAAAUAAUAAGAACAACACAAACAAUAAUAAUAACAACAAUAAAAAUGUUGAUGCCAAGUUAAAUGCUCCAUCUAGCGGUGGUUUCAGCAAUAGUGAAAUAAUCGAAUCUAAUCGAAUAAUCGAAUCAGACACAAUGCCAAUAUUUACCAACAACCGCAACAGUAAACAUCCGGCAACAGUCAAUGGUGUUGAAGCUUUAAAUAGAAUUAGUCCCGUGUUGUUGCAAAUGUCAAACACUGUGGAGUAUCAUCAGCUGAAGCCAUUGGAGAAUGUUGCAAGUUCUGCUGAGGCAGCUAUUGUAAGAACCUCAAGUGUCCCAAGCUCAACAACGGCACAGUUGUUGAACUUUGAGGAGGCUGGCACUAAGGAUACUUCAGUUAUUGUUGCUGCUGGUAAUGGCCUUGCUGCUGAUACGACAACAGUUGCUUCUGAAGAGGCAACAAGCACUGCCAAUCGUAGAUCGUUGCAUAGCAUUGAAAAAUUAGCAGCUAGUUCAUGUGUCACAAACAAAACAACAAGUACAACACAACAACAACAGUUGCAUUAUGAACAACAACGGGCUGACAAUCUUAGUGACUCCAAUGUCAGCUCAGAUGAUGAGUUCAUGUCGGAGGAUGAAUUUGGUCUAGAGAUCGAUGAUCAUAGGGGCUAUCAGGAGACCAACUCACCCCAUUUGCAACAAAGUUACAACGGAGCUGCUCAUUUGGCAAAGGUUACAUGUUGCUGCCCCAGCUGUUGGUGCUGGUGGAAACUCUGUUUCUGGUGCCUCAAAAUGUCCGGCAAUGUUGGCGGCAAUGCGGGCGGUGGCGCGGGUACAACUGUUGAUGGUGUUCAUUAUGCUGGCACGAGUGCCACAUCCGGCGGUGGCGAGGCCAUCGAUUUCAAGCAUCUGUUUGAGGAGCUUUGCCCUGUUUGCGGUGACAAGGUGAGCGGCUAUCAUUAUGGCCUGCUCACCUGCGAGUCCUACAAGGGAUUCUUCAAACGCACCGUUCAAAAAAAGGUCUACACUUGUAUCGCGGAGCGUACCUGCCACAUUGAUAAGACUCAGCGCAAACGUUGUCCAUACUGUCGCUACCAAAAGUGCCUCGACGUGGGCAUGAAACUGGAAGCUGUUCGAGCGGAUCGCAUGCGUGGCGGACGGAACAAGUUUGGACCGAUGUACAAAAGGGAUCGAGCGCGGAAGCUGCAGGUGAUGCGUCAGCGUCAAUUGGCGCUUCAGGCGUUGCGCAGUUCGAUGGGAUCGGGCGAAAAGCAGACGACUCUAUUGCCGGGCUGCCAGCAAUCAUAUUCGAAUAUGAAUCUUAAGCAAGAAAUACAAAUACCGCAGAUAUCCUCACUUACACAGUCGCCGGAUUCGUCGCCUAGUCACAUUGCUGUAGCUUUGGGUCAGGUGAAUGCGAGCGGGAGUGGUGUGAUAGCCACUCCCAUGAAUGUCGGCAAUGCGAUUGGCAGCUAUGUCAAUGGCAGCUCCUUAUUGGGAAAUGGCAACGGCAACAACAGCAACAACAGCAACAAUACCAACAGCAGCGGUGGCAGUGAAGGUGGUGGAGGUGGAGCAGGUGGCAACAAAAAGAACAACAAUGACGAUAAUUUGCAACGUAAUGACAACAACAGCAAUGGCAACAGCAACAGCAGCAGCCAUGAAACCGGCACUGAAUCUCUGCAGAACACAGCGAAAUCAAAGUUGUGCUUCGAUUCUGAGACACACUCAUCGAGCACAGCCGAUGUGUUCAUCGAUCCACUGAGGGUUUUACCAAAGAUACGCGAAUUUGUGCAAUCGAUCGAUGAUCACGAAUGGCAGACGCAACUGUUUGCGCUGCUACAGAAGCAGACGUACAAUCAGGUGGAAGUAGAUCUCUUUGAGUUAAUGUGUAAAGUGCUUGAUCAGAAUCUGUUCUCGGAAGUUGAUUGGGCAAGAAACACCGUCUUCUUUAAGGAUUUGAAGGUGGACGAUCAAAUGAAGCUACUGCAGCAUUCGUGGUCCGAUAUAUUAGUGCUGGAUCACCUUCAUCAUCGCAUACAUAACGGUCUGCCAGAUAUGACGCCACUGAAUAACGGUCAGAUCUUUAAUGUAUUGAACCUCGGCCUUCUGGGCGUUCCCCAAUUAGCCGAUUACUUUAAUGAAUUGCAGAAUAAACUGCAGGAUCUGAAGUUCGAUAUGGGCGAUUAUGUGUGCAUGAAAUUUCUAAUACUGUUAAAUCCAGACGUACGCGGCAUUGUCAACAAAAACACCAUCUUGGAGGGGCACGAAAGUGUACAGACAGCGCUGCUGGAUUACACGCUUACGUGUUAUCCAUUAGUAAAUGACAAAUUCAGGAGGCUAUUAAACAUACUAACGGAGAUCCGCGCCAUGGCUGCACGGGGUGAAGAGUAUCUCUACUCGAAGCAUUGCACCGGUAGUGCGCCAACGCAGACACUGCUCAUGGAGAUGUUGCAUGCCAAAAGGAAGGUAUAA